UAGAAAAAGCAAAAACCAUAUUUUAAAAAAAGCUUUUUUCAUUUUUGUUGUAUGUGGCUUUAGAGUUUAGUCCUACCUAUCGAACCUUUGGUUGGGUCCCCUUUGAAUUCAUUACAAAAAAUUUAUUUCCUGGGUUUCCUUGAUAAUUUCAAAGGGGUCCAGCUCCUGGUUGUAGGCAAGGAUAUUUAUUUCCUUAAAAUUAACACAAUUUUUUCUUAAGAACAAUUUUGGUUUUGGGGAUGUGGAGAGAUCCUGGAGCUCCCGCUGAUUCUUUCUAUGAAACCCGCCCUGAGUGCACUGAUGUUCCCAAGUCUCGAUUUAGGAUCAAGGCUGGCAAAACAUUAAGUGCAAGAAAAUGGCAUGCUGCAUUUUCUCCAGAAGGGUAUCUGGAUAUUGGCAAAACUCUAAGUCGAAUCCACCGUGGGGGAAUCCAUCCAUCAAUUAGAGGAGAAGUUUGGGAAUUUCUACUUGGUUGCUAUGAUCCCAAGAGUACAUUUGAAGAAAGAGAUGAGAUAAGACAACGUCGAAGGGAGCAAUAUGCUACAUGGAAGGAAGAAUGUCGUCAAUUGUUUCCUCUCAUAGGAAGUGGUAGAUUUAUCACAGCACCUGUAGUUACUGAAGAUGGUAUACCAGUUCAAGAUCCAUUAGUUUUGUUAGAAAAUAAUCCAGAGAAUGGAGUGAUUACUUUACCUCAAGAGAGUACUGCUGUAAAUAACGUAGAAAAAAUAACUGACAAGGCAGUAAUUCAGUGGCUGUUAACGCUACAUCAAAUAGGUCUUGAUGUUGUUCGCACCGAUAGAACAUUGGUUUUUUAUGAAAAGAAAGAGAAUUUGUCAAAACUAUGGGAUAUUCUCUCUGUUUAUUCUCGAAUAGAUUCGGAUGUUGGCUAUGGUCAAGGAAUGAGUGACUUAUGCUCUCCUAUGAUAAUACUCCUCAAUGACGAAGCUGAUGCGUUUUGGUGCUUUGAACGUUUAAUGCGUAGAUUGCGAGGAAAUUUUAGAUGCACCGGUAAUUCUGUUGGUGUCGAAACACAACUAAGUAAUUUGGCAACAAUUACUCAAGUAAUUGAUCCAAAACUUCAUCAACAUAUAGAACAAAUUGGUGGAGGUGACUAUCUAUUUGCUUUUCGGAUGAUAAUGGUUCUAUUUCGACGAGAAUUCUCCUUUUGCGAUUCAUUAUACCUUUGGGAGAUGAUGUGGGCUCUAGAAUAUGAUCCUGACUUGUAUUGGUUGUAUGAGGAAGAUGAUGAAAAAUCUGAGGAAAAUAAAGGAAGGUUAAAGUCAUUACGCCACUAUGGGAAGUAUGAGAGGGAAAAUAUGAAAAAUGGAGGAAAGAAUAGUGAAGAACCUCCUCUUCCUAUAUCUGUUUUCCUUGUUGCUAGUGUGCUUAAAGAAAAAAGUGCAAUAUUACUCCAACAAGCACGAGGCUUGGAUGAUGUUGUCAAGAUAUUGAAUGAUGUAAAUGGAAAUCUCGAUGCCAAGAAAGCUUGUGUCGCUGCACUCAAACUUCACAAGAAAUAUUUGAAAAAGAAAUGUGUGAUUGUUGCAGGCUAAGAAUCCUUAACACCAAAUACAACACAUGAUAUUUGUUUUUUGAUAGACCAAGUGUUGUGUUGCUGUGCCCUUUGUUUGGAAGACAACCUUAGAUCUUUUAUAAAAAUUGAAACAGGAUUCCAACCAUUGUAUUUAAGACGAAAAAAAUUGUUGUAUGUGAAAUUAAUCAUAUUUUUUGAUACAUUUAAAGUAAAUAUAGUUGUACAAGAAAUUAUUAUCUACAACUAUUUUUUCAUACUUUGUAAUGUAUUUUAUGCAAACAAAAAAAAAGGAAAAAAAUAUAAAAAAAUAUUUAUGAAUGAAAUUAACUUUA